CCGCCGAGAGGUCCACAAUAUACCGAGUUCAUGCCUGUACAAGAGAAUCUGGGAUCAGAUUGCACUUUACUUACUGUCUUGGUAUCGGCUACAUACUGAAGGACGCUGCCAACAGUCUGGGACUGCCAAGAGAGUCAGUGAAUCCGGGACGAUAUCUUAUCCUUUCCUGUAUCAUUCAGAAAUGGGGGAUGCGAUGCUGCAUGUCGCUAACCUGAGCACAAUGUUGUCGUGCAUGGUGCUCAAACUUCCUCAAAUAUUUUUGCUUACGAAGCUUAAAUCCACCAAAGGCGUCAGUCUGAGAGCCUUGCUUUUGGAGCUUACUGGGUACAUUGUGUUUGUCACUUAUCAGAUGUCCUAUGAAUACCCGUUGCCCACCUACAUGGAAUACCCUGUUCUGAUCUCCCAAGACACCAUACUUCUGUUUCUGAUCCUGCACUACAACGGGAACCUGAGGCAGAGUGUGAUCUACAGCACAAUGUUUGUAGGGGGAUGGCAGCUACUCACACGUCAGAAGUGGAUCCUUGAUUUGGCAAUGAGUCUGUGCACCUUUAUCAGUGCCGGCAGCAAGUUUGUGCAGCUGCAGUGUCUGUGGGAGUCCAAGGACUCUUCGCGCAUCAGCGCUCUGUCCUGGACCAUGUCAACCUACACCUGCAUGGCAAGGAUUUUCACCACAGUUAUGACAACAGGGGACCUGCAGGUUAUGGCCCGGUUCAUCGUCAUGACAGCACUGAAUGUGUGGGUGACCGCAACGGUGCUGUACUACAAGCAGGGCGGCAAGAAGCUGGACUAAGUCUCACACUCCUUUCCUUUCUACACCAAAUCUUGUACCCUUAAACCUUUUACAUUGAGCCAUAAAAUCUUGGACUUUCUACUCUGAAUGUCAUACCUUAAACCAGGGCAACUGCAAUAGCAAGUGGGCCAAAUAGGAAAAUCACUGGGGGUUCGUGGGCCACACAGAAUACUUUGUCAAUUAAGGAAGAAAACGAGCCAUGAUUUGACUUGUAGUGCCUCUUCACAUUGUAUUCUUUCAUCACUGCAAUGCAUUCGUUGCACAAUAAACACCGGUUUAUUACUUGUUGCGGCUGGAAAAGUAAAUAAAUACUUGUCAGUCCAUUCACUCUGGAAUUCGCGAUUUUCAUAAUCAACUUUACGUCUCUUUGACUAUGAGAGAGACAUUUUGAAGCUUGUUGUUAGCUUAGCUAACGUGAGUUUCUCCGUGGCCCGCCAGCCCAGAAUGCAACGUGAUGCUUGACUGAGCAGAGCGGGUGUAAUCCUGUUGCAGCCACUCACAGCACAUAGGUGCUUUAAAAAGACAUAACCAAUACCAUAUUGGUUCAGAUGUACAGUACAGUCUAUGGUUCAGAUGUCUCAAAGUAGCUCAGAGAUAUGUACCUUAGUUUUAUUUAUCAUAUCACACACAUGCCAGCCUGAUUUGCAGGCAGCCUCUUGCGGGCCAUAGAAAAAUUCAAAAUUGCCAUAUCCGGCCCGCAGGCUGCUAGUUGAAUAGGCCUGCCUUUAACCUUCUACACUGAGUAAUUAAAACCUGGACUUACUACUCUGAAUGUCAUACCUUAAACCUUCCACAUUGAGUCAUAAAACCUUGGACCUUCUACUCUGAAUGUCAUACCCUUAAACCUUCUACACUGAGUCUCAUAGCCCCCACCUUUCAACAGACUCACUUAAUUCAGCAGGGUCUCACGGCAAAGCUAGUCACUGACCAUAAUAUGCCUGCCAUGCACUGCUCCUUGAAAAUACCCAAAAUGUCCAGAGCAUUUCUUGAAGUGACCUUUGUUCAUUUGUGUUUGUGAAACAAGAUGGACUGACAUGGGUCUAUAAGUGUCCUGUAUUGUAACAGCCUUGUUCCAGAGAUGUUUUACAGGCUGGUAGGCAUUUUAGUGUAGAUUAAUAUUUCUUAGUGAAACAUUUUAUCUGAAACUUAAGAAUAUGUUCAUUUUAUAUCCUUGUUAUCUGAACUCCCACAUGCAGAAAUACAGUGGCCUCCAAAAUGAUUGGCACAGCAGAGGAUGUCAGACCAUGGUCUGGUGGUCUGAGAUACCAGGGUUGGAGGUUGGAUGGGGGGUUGCAUGGAGAGGGAGGGGUGCAGGUUUACCUCAUUUGGAUUUGAUACAGCGUAUGACUGUUUUUGUACAUAUCCACAUCAAUAAAGAUA